AUGCCCGGCAUGAUUGAGGAGAACCCCGAGCUCGUGCAGCCCGAGAGCUGGGCGCGGAUGAAGUCGUGGAGCGGCAAGACGCCCGUCUUCCUCUUCCACGACGGCGGCGGCACCACCUUUGCCUACCACUGCCUGGACCCGCUGCAGCGCUUCACCUACGGCGUGCGCAACCCGCACUUCUUCAGCGGGCGGCGCUUCGAGGGCGGUGUGCCCGAGAUGGCCGCCGAGUACAUCACCCGCAUCCGCGCCGCCGUCGCCGCCGACUCCUUCACCCCCAAGCGGCGCGACAACGGCGGCGUUGGCCCGGUGGACAUACUCGUCGGCGGUUGGAGCCUCGGCGGCAUGACCAGCCUCGAGGUCGCGCGCCAGCUGCACGGCGACCCGGACCUGCGCGUGCGCGGCAUCCUCAUGAUCGACAGCGCCUUCCCCGCGCUCCUCGCCGAGCGCCGCCAGCAGGUCAUCUCCCUGGAUAACGAGGAGGACCCGGAGGCGCAGGCGCGCGAGGAGGAGGGCAAGACGAAGAACCAGGUGCUCUCGAUGCGGGCGAUGCGCGAGGCGCGCCGGAUGAUCGCGCGGUGGGAGCUGCCGCGGUGGGACUGGACAGCGGCCAUCGACGCGGACCGCGGCGCGGGGCCGCGCAGCGCGCUGGGAUGGGAGCGCUACGACGAGCGCAUGUUCGUGGAUGUACUCGACGUGGACGGCCACCACUUCAACAUGUUUGACCACUCGCGCAUCCCGGGCAUCACGGCGGCUAUCGCCAAGGCCCUGACAAGGCUGGACCCGCGGACGGCGGAGGAGGACGGCCAGUCCUUUGGUGAUUCGUGGGACUCGGCGCACGCUGGGUUCUGA